UCAAGUUUCCCCCGCCGACCUGCCAGACAGUUGCAAGCGGCUUGUUGGCCCUCUUACGUCUUUUCGAUCCUUAUCAACAUACUUGUAGAGUAUAUUAUCACACGCGAUCAUCAUGCGCUCUGCUGCAGCUGUUCUUCUCCUCGUUCCCAGCCUCGUCUCAGCUGGCCCGGUCCCGGCCUACCCGGGCCUGAGUUGCAUCUGGCAAGACACCUUCAGCGGCUCAGCUGGUGCACCACCUUCCGACCUGUGGAACAUAGCCGUCGACGUCCAUGCCAACAAUGAGGCCCAGCUCUAUACCACCUCGAACAACAACAUCCAAAUCUCGGGCGGCGGCACCAUCCAGUUCGUGCCGCGCAAAUCAUCCAGCGGCCAGUGGACGUCGGGGCGCAUCGAGAGCCGCGGCACCUUCAUGCCGCAGCCGGGCAAGGUGACGCAGGUGGAGGCGGCGCUCCGGGUGGGCAACAACCCGCAGGCCAACAAGCAGGGCAUGUGGCCGGCCUUCUGGCUCCUCGGCGACAGCUUCCGCCACGGCACGUCGUGGCCGCAGUGCGGCGAGCUCGACAUCUUCGAGCAGGUCAACGGCGCCCUGACCGGCUACGGCACCACCCACUGCGGCAGCUACCCCGGCGGCGUGUGCAACGAGCCCACCGGCAAGGGCGCGUCCGUCUCGAUCCCCGACGACGACUUCCACGUCUGGACCCUCAAGAUCGACCGCACGGCCCGCGACUGGACGGGCGAGACCAUCACGUGGCUCCGCGAUGGGGCCGCCUACCACUCCCUGACUGGCGCGCAGCUGGGCGACCAGGCCGUUUGGAGCACGCUGGCGCACUCGCCGCAGUACAUCAUCCUGAACCUCGCGGUUGGAGGUGACUGGCCCGGUGCACCGAAUGGAGCCACUCUGGAUGGUUACGGCAGCAUGUUUGAGGUCGAGUACGUUGCCGUCUACUCGUCGUAGGGCAUGGCGGACUGACCGAGGGUGGGCGUUGCGUUGGGAGAUAGGGGCG